AGAUACAGCGCUGCUCUCUGAAACUCAGAUGGCAAAAGGGUUGCAGCUAUUCGUGAACAGAUUGUCGUUUUAUACUACGAGUGAACAGUUGAAGAAGCUAUUUUCACCUUUUGGCGUUGUUACAGAAGGUUAAUUCGCACUUCUUCAUUGUUUUUUUGCUGAAAUUUUUAAUUGGAAGAUGAUGUAAUUCACUUUAUGUGAUUGCUUUGUAACUCUCUACAAAGAUGAUGAGAACUUUCUUUAUUUGAUGACUCUAUUAGGGUAGUAGGUUGCAGGUAGUAGAGUGUGGUGGUGAUUAUCCUUCCAUAUUAGUAGUCCUAGUAUAACUCGUGUAGCUUCUUGUUCCUCGAUUUGUAUUACUAUUUGUUGUUUUUUAUAUUUUGUUUAUUGUAUUUUUUCUUUGUAUAGUUUAUGUGUUGGAUGCUUUGUUAUGCUUUUUACAGUAUUUUGGCAUGACUUUUUCAUUUCUGAUGUUUCCUUUUUUGAAAUGCUUUUGUCUGUGUCUAUUCGGAAUAGCCUCUCUAUCUCUAGGUAGGUAGGGGUAGGGGUAAGGUCUAUGUGCACCUACCUUCCUCAUACCAAACUUUGUGAGAUCACGUUGGGUAUAUUGUUGUUUUUGAUGACCGUAGUGUCCGGACAAGUUUUCAUGCACUUCGACUAAUUCCAUAGGUAUUCUGCCAUCUCCCACCAAUAUCAGGUACCAGAUAACUUUGUCCACUAAAAUAUUGGGAUGGGUGGGAAGAAAUCAUCAAGUGUUUGUUUGUUUUUUGUUGGGAUUUAGAUCUCAACUCAUACACUUCGUGAUGAAUUUUGUUAAAGUGGGUCUGCAACUAUUUUAGUUUUAAGGCUUAAUUUGAUUGAUUGACAUGGAUUUGUUAAUUGGGUGAGCAGCAAGGCUUGUUAAAGAUCCAAGGACACAAAGGCCUAAAGGUUUUGGAUUUGUUACCUUUGAAUCAGAAGCAGAUGCCCAGAAUGCAUUGAAUUCCUUGAACGGAAGGAUUGUUGAUGGAAGACUGAUUUUUGUGGAAGUUGCUGAGACUACAGAAGCUGCUGAAAACAAAACAUCCCGAAAAUAAGUUUCUUGUAAUUCAGUGUACACGUUGCUAUUUCAUAUUCCAGAUAAUGGGUGAAUUUUUGGCCAUUUCUCAGUCCUCCAUAGUGUUGCCUAACUUUCGAGUCCAAGCUUGGAGUCAAAGGCAGCUUUUCAUUGCUCAUAGUCAGCCAUUGAGGUCACUUCAUUCAUCUCUUCAUAGCUUGACUACCUCUCACACAGUGUAUCCAGGCUUGUCUGCUGGAUCGACGCAUUUCUCUUUGGGGGUCAGAGCCAGUGUUGUCUCUGUUGACUCUACAAUGCCAACUACCUUUACUGUUGAUCCAGCUGGGCCAGGAAUUGAUAUUCUGCCAGAGGCAGGUGGUGGCGGAGGUGAUAUUGGGGGUGCAAAUGAUGACAGUGGCGGUAGGGGAGAUAAUAGUGGAAAUAAUAAUGAUGGUGGUAAUGAGGGCGGUUCAGAUGAAGGGGAGGAUCAUAACAGUAAAAAGAAAAUGGCCCUCUCUAUGUCCCAAAAAUUGACCUUGGGCUAUGCUUUCUUGGUUGGAGCUGGUGGUUUUAUGGGUUAUCUUAAGAGUGGCAGCACAAAAUCCCUGAUUGCAGGUGGAGUUUCUGUGUCCCUCCUGUACGCUGUUUAUACUAUGCUUCCAACACAACCUGUUUUGGCAUCAGCAAUUGGUUUUGUCCUCUCAGCUGGACUUGUUGGAGUAAUGGGAUCUCGUUUUCUGAAAUCAAAGAAGGUUUUUCCAGCUGGUGUUGUCUCCUUUGUGUCUUUUGUUAUGACUGGUGGUUAUUUGCAUGGAAUAUUGCGCAGUGCGCAUUAGAUCCCCUAAAAUGAGCCAAGUAUUUGUCAAUACAGAUACAUUAGUUUUGAUAUCUGUUUGAAUUUGGAUUUUGUCAUGAUUUCUAAGUUGGGCUGCUAGAACUCUCUAGUAAAACACUAACAUUGUAUCAAAAGGGCACUUUUGUUUACCCUCUUUCUCCGUAGUGAAUUCAUUCUGUUUUUGGAUGA